CCCCAAAAUGGCGUCCGGUGAUGUGGAAGAUGUGGAAUCAUUGCAAGCAAUCGCGAGUCCUGCAAAGGAAUCCUUCGCGUAUCGGACAUUAAAAAAUACCCUUUCAGGGACUAUAGGUGGAAUUGCUGUGUGUCUUGUUGGGCAUCCAUUUGACACGCUUAAAGUUCGUCUACAAACCCAACCCGUUGACCGACCAGUUUACAAGGGACUCUCAGACUGCUUCUUUAAGACCUUGAAAUGGGAAGGAAUAGGGGGUUUAUAUAAAGGUGUAGGUUCCCCAUUGGUUGGACAGAUGUUUUUCAGAGCAACACUAUUUUCAUCAUAUUAUCAGAUAACUACAAUCUUUGCUGGUGAAGAUCAUUCAAAGCGUCUUACUAUCCCACAGUACUUUUUAGCAGGUAAUUUAACAGGAUUCGUAGCAGCUCUUGUUGAAGGACCAAUAGAUUUGUUCAAGUCUAAGAUGCAGGUCCAAAUUAUAAGAGCCCAGGCUGGUGAACCCAUGAGGUAUCGCAAUGUGUUUCAUGCGGCUUAUGUUAUAGCUCAGAACCAUGGUAUACGUGGAGUUUAUCAGGGACUUUCRGCAUCAAUGUUAAGAAAUAUUCCUGCAAAUGGGUGUUUCUUUUGUUUUUAUGAGAUAACACGGAACGUCCUGACUCCCAAAGGAGGAACAGUUCAAGAUGUUUCUCCAUAUGGUUUGCUAAUGGCUGGAGGAGCAGGAGGCUUUUUCUAUUGGUUUCUCAACUAUCCAACUGAUGUAAUUAAAUCUGCAAUGCAAGCAGAUGAUGCAAUCAAGGCAAAUAGGAAGUACACUGGAAUUGUGGACUGUGYAAGGAAACUUUACUUUAAUGAAGGAGGAUGGAAAAGAUUCUACCGAGGGUUCACUCCUUGUUUGAUGAGGUCGAUUCCCGCAAAUGCAGUCAUGUUUUACGUUGUAGAAACUGCUAGAAAAUACUUCCCCAUAUAGACUUUUGGAUGAUAUUAAAUCCAAUUUUUAGA